CUCUGAAAAGCGGAAGCGGAAGUGCUGAGAAGGAUGGCAGCACCGUGAGGAUGAGGAGACCCGUCUCCAGCUUGAACCUGAGUUCCAGUGUGAAGGUGAAGCUGCUCAGGGCUGGGUUCCAGUUCAGCACCGACCUACAGAACCUGGACCCGGAACACCUGAGCGCAGAGGCCUCCGUCUCCCAGCAGGAGGCGCUGGAGGCGCUGCAGGCUGCCAGGAGCGGAGAAGGCGGAGCCUCGGUGACGGCUCUGGAGCUCCUGCAGAAGGAGGAGGAGUUCGGGAGCAUCGUGACGUUCUCCUCCCGGCUGGACGAAGCUCUCGGAGGAGGAAUUCCUGUCGGGAAGGUGACGGAGAUCUGCGGCGCUCCAGGAGUCGGGAAAACCCAGCUGUGCCUGCAGCUGGCCGUGGACGUCCAGGUGCCGCCGUGCUUCGGGGGCCUCGGCGGUCAGGUGAUCUUUGUGGACACAGAGGGCAGCUUCCAGCUCCAGAGAGUUGUGGACCUCGCCGGCGCCGCUGUCAGACACUGCUCGCUGCUGGCUGAGGAUGAGGAGCAGCGUGUGGCCAUGACGACCUUCUCCGUGGAGACCAUCCUCUCAAACAUCUUCCUGGUGCGUUGCCGUGACUACGUGGAGCUGUUGGCCGAGCUACACCUGCUGCCCGACUUCCUGCGGGACCGGCCAAAGCUCCGCCUCCUCGUCGUUGACAGCGUGGCGUUCCCGUUCCUGCGGCUGCACGACGAUCUGUCCCAGAGGACACGCCUCCUACAAGGCCUCGGCCUGCAGCUUAUCGCCACGGCAACGUGUCACAGCAUCGCCGUGGUGAUCACCAACCACAUGACAACGCGGCUGCGGGGCGGCCAAUCACAGCUGGUGCCUGCCCUGGGGGACGUCUGGGGCCACGCGCCCUCCAUCAGGCUCCUCCUUCAGUGGGAGGAGUCACGCCGGCUGGCCUCCAUCGUUAAGUCCCCGGGUCACAUGGACGCUACCGUCCAAUACCAGAUCACCUGCGAGGGCUUCAGAGACGCUGACCAAUCAGAGCAGCUGCAGAGCAAACGGCCUCGAAUUCAGACCGACCAAUGAAACACACCUACGGGAACUUUCGGCCAAUCAGAGUCAAGUCUUCAAUAUGAGGUUCUUUUUGGGUCCUGCAGGGGGAGCCAGAGAAGAUCAUUAACUCUGAGACUCACCUGUCUGAACUGCUUGCUUUACAUUGGCUGAGAGGACCAAUUGCGUUUACCUGCUCGGGUGCUCUUUGUCUCACUGUGAAAUUCACUUUUAAUUGUCCACCUUGAUGUUAUAUUGUUAAUGAUGUCACUCAGGUGAACUUGCAGUCUGUUUAGACAAAAAAAACCUUUAAACUGAUCCUGCAGGUGUACAGGUGUGCUGCAGGUGUCCUGAUACUGAUAUAACAGGUUUCACUGUAUCAUUUUCAUCCUUGUGAUCUUCAGCAGGUUAAAUAUCAUCUAAGCCAUCAUCCUAAAGCUACCUGAGUUACAGCGUCACCUCAUAGACCCGGUACUUCUGACUCUAAACGUUCUCGGGUUCAUGAUGUCAUCUUCACUAAGAGCUCUUCAGCCGCUCCUCAUGGCCUCCAUCUCAUCAACGGAUGAAUGGUUCUGGUUCUGAGGUGCAGGUAACAGCACCUGAUGGUUGACGGUAGCACACCUAGGGGGCGUGGUCUCUGAAGAGGAAAGCCUGCUGUUCUGGCUCCAUUAUUGGUUAUUGAUCAUUAAUUAAUAAAUGUCUGGUUUUCCUUCA